UUACGUAAUCUUCAACACCGCGGUUUUAACAAGACAAUAUGUUAGUUUAAAAUAUUAGAAAAAUAUAAGAAAAAACAUCCUUUUUGACGUCAGUCGGAGAAUUGUGCAAGUGCGCAGACAGUCGAAUGCGCAAAUCAUCAAAAGUGAUGGCGGGUCUGUGUAUAUCGUCUGAGAGUUAAGUCUGCACAAUAAACAGGAUAUAUGACCACUGCAAGGGGAAUCGAGACUCUAUGCAUCAUCCCGUCGGAGUGGGAGGGUCUCUGUUCACCUAGACAUGCUAUUUUGUUUUGGUCUUUUUGCAUUACUUUUGUACAACACGGUCGUUGCUAACGCAGUGUGCAGUUUCACAUACUCCAAGAAAGAUAAGAUCAACGCUAUAUCAUCAGAUUAUCAACAAAAAGGAUAUGAAAGAAAAUGUGAAUAUGUAAUAACAGCACCAAAAAAUAGUUAUAUUAUUCAACUCAAUUUCACUGAUCUCGUUGGAUUUAAAACUCUUCAGAGUUCCACGUCUUUUACUCCUGCCGAGGAAUUGACUCGGUCAGACACUGUUCAGGAGGGGAAAAACUGUCUCCCCCCUGAGUUAAUAAUUAAGGAAAGAACGUUAAAAGGAAUAGAAAUUAAAAGUAGAACUAUUUGUAAUUACGAUUACAAACUACCACAAGUCUUUCAUUACAAGUCAAACUUUGUGAAAAUUAUUUUUGUUUGGGUGAAGAAUGCAAGGAGUGGAUUUAAAUUAGAUAUAGACUUUCAAAAAAGUAAUGAGUGUGAGAUUUACUGUGAUGAGUCCAAGUGUUUAGACUCCCUAGUCUGUCAAACAACAAGUGCCCCGUCAUUAAAUGAUGUACAAAGUCUAGGUGCUUCUCCUUCUACUCCUAUAUCAAAGAUAGUUGUGAUUAUAGUGAUUGUUGUUUUGAUGCCCGUACUGGCUGUGUUUAUCUGUGUUGUGUGUCCCUGUCGAUCUACAGCUCGUAUGUUACGUAGGUGGCGCAGUCGUGAUCGAGGAGUGGAACAUCGACAAUUAAGACCUCAAUCUCAAGGAUCAGAGGUUGUCUAUGUGCCAUCCACAUCAUCAACUGCAUCAACUAAUCAGGAUAAUAUCGAGCAUCAGACCGCUUUAUUACGUGAACGCAAUAUCAUAAUGCAAUCAGCACAAACUUCUGUUCAAUUACCGCCCCAUAUCCCUAUAUCCAAGGAUGGGGAGGAGGGUUAUAUAGAAAGUCAGAACAAAUUGGAACGUCAUCGAAGGAGUGAUUAUCAAAUAUGCUUUCGACCACCACCAAAUAAAACUGUAUAUGAUAAGGACAGUCCCCCUCCUUAUAGUUCUAGGUCUACUUCCUCGAUAGAUAGCAUUGGCCAAGCCAAAAAUAGUAAUUUAGUAACAGACAAUAAUGGAUGCCCUGUGUUGCGUUGUUACAGUAUGUCAGAAAAUAACAAUCAUUCGUGCUUUCAACAACCGCAGCAGUUUUCUAGAACUUCUGUGUCCUCAAGACAACUUAGGCAAACUACUAGUAAUACUGGAGUAAAUAUGGACCGACCUCCCGAUUAUCCAGGAGGAGUCUUAGGAACAAACGUUUAUCAUAACAGUGCAGCGCCAGCAAAAAAUUCUGUAUGAUUGUCGGUUGGCAGCCAUUUUAUCUCCUUCCAUGUGCUUAUUAAAUUAUUUGAACGGAGAUGAAGCUAUUGUGAUAUUCUUUUGGUUAGGUCUAUCAUUUGACAAAGGGCAUGCCAUUUUUUGUGAUACAUAUCUUUAUGAGAGAGCUAUAGAACUUGAUUGUCCCUGCUCCUAAUUAAGCAUUUUAUGUUGAAAUGGACAGCAGCACUUAUUAUCAUCGUUAUUCUUUGUGGCUUUACUGAAUAGUUUUUAGAAGAUUUAUUUUGUUCUAAUUUCAAUAUUGAUGUUGAUGUAGGCCAGUACAUAAGUAGUCAUACUUCAUUACAGAUCGAAACACUUUUUUUCUUGAACCUGGAAAGUGAUUUUUUUUUUUUUUUUAACUAAAUCUGUAGCUAUCUGGUUGUGCCAAAAUAAUAAGUCAGGUUGUUUUUAGAACUAAUAUCUGUAAUACAUUACUAAAAUGAGAAACAAAAGUCAGUUAUUAAGUGUAAUCCCCAUGUAGAUUAUGGUUGCUUAGAGUAAGCAUAUGAAAUCGAAAUUUAGGAAAUGAGGUAUUUGUAAUGUAUUUUAUUAAUGUUCCAUUAUUAUUAUUGCUUUCAAAAGUUUUGAGGAAAAGAAAUAUUUGUCCAUGUUAAAUUUCACAGAUACCUUCCUUCUCUAAACUAAGUUUCAUUAUUACAUAUAUAUAUAUUUAUUUUUAGAAUUAAUUGAACCAAGGAUUUGUAUAGUCACUAUACAAAUCCUUGAUUGAACUUUAAAAAAAAUAAAGAGUUUUCUGUUUUUAACCAAAACACAUUACAUUGGUAAACAUUGCAUUAUAUAUAUUUCAGUCAGUAUUUAAGGGGGAAUAUAUUAUUUAGAAAACAACAAAAGGGCUGUCACAUUAAUAUUUUUUAAGAAUAAAAUUUAAAAAAAGUUAAUAGUAAUAAUACACUUAUUUAAAAAGUUUUUAUUAAAUAGGACUUGAAACUAGGUUGGUAAAGAAAUAAAACCCAAUAUGGCAUUAUUGUUAACUAUUGUAGUGACACUUUGAACUAAACCAAAUUAUGACAUUACAGAAAUAUACAAAAUGACAGGAAAUUAAAACUUCAACUCAAAAGAGAAAUUUUUUGUUCCAAGGGAAAUGACAUUUGCAGAAUUGAAAACUUCAACAUUCACUUUUGUCAUUAAUAAUUUAUAGGUUUUCAAUUAAAGAAAAUGCAAUAAUUUUAAAGGAAAGGAAAAUGUCGGCAGUUUUUUUAAAGAACUUUUUCCUAAGAAGAUGGAAGGGUAAUAUUGAAUUGUCUUGUUCUAAAGAUACCAGAGUUGGUUUUAGAUGAAUUAAUUUCCACACAUCCAUAUUAUUAAAACUAUUAUUGGUCCUUUCUGGUCAUGCAAGACUUUGUCUUGUUAAUUGAUAAAUUGAAUAUUUUUUCAGUAUUAUGUAAAAAUGCAUUACCUGUAUUAGAAGAAUGAUAAUACAUGUACCUGUAUUCACGUAACAUAUUUAAAAUGUCAGGAUUCAAAUCACUCUUUUAUAAUCUAACGCAUUUCUGGGUAAAAUUUUCAAAAUAUAGAGAAAAUUGUUAUGAUGGGUAAAGAAUGUCCUAUACAAUGAAAAUCCAUACAAUGGCAAACUACAAAUAUUCAUAAACCUUUACUUUAAGUUUAGAUCCUCAAACGACAAAUUCAGGGUUUUAUUAGUAUUAUGAAAUACUGGUUCUAAACAAUUUUUUCCAAAAAUAGGCAUUUCAUUGCAAUCAAAACUAUUUUGAUGACUUUAUUUAAGUUAAUGGGACCAUUUUUGUGUGUCUGAUGAAUGAAUUUUGGAUAGGGGGUUAUAUCAUGUUAACACUUUGUCAUUUUUAUUUACAACUGAAACCAUACUUGUAUAAACCAGUUUCUAUUUUAAAAUGGUCAGCUCAUUUUAAUAAAAUCUUGAGUUUUAUUUUAUUAACAAUUAUUAAGUGAAUAUUGUUCAGAUGAAGCAACUUUCCUAGUCAGAGUUGCAUUCAAGCUAUUUGGGUUUCAUCACCUUGCAUUUUUAUGCACCGGCCUUAAAAGUAAGGGCAUUAUCUUUUCCAUUCCGUGCAUCCUUCUCCUUCUCUUUGUCUGUCCUUUGUCUGGUUAAAGUUUAAAGAUUUUUAGUCAAAAUAGUUUACCAUGAAGUUGUGGUAUCAUCAUCUUCAAACUGAGUAUUAUGAUGAGAACUAUUAAAAAUAUAUAUUACAAAAUAGGGUUUUAACUCAGAUUUUGUGGUUAAAUGAACAUGGAAAUGUGAUAGUGCGAGUGAGGCAUGAUGUCCUAUGGACACAUAUCCUUGUUUAAAAUGGAUUUCUAUGAAAUGAACUGGAUAAUAAUUGUUAAACACACAUGGUUUCAGUUGUGAUGAUAAAUAAGAUAUAAAAUAAUGCAUAUAUAUAAAUAUUUUCAUAUGGAAUAUGCUUGGAAACUCCUUGAGACUGGGGAUAGAAUAAGUACCGGUAGGCACUCUUUCUCUGACCUGUGACAACAAAUUUUAUUGUGAUCCAGCUAUAGUGUCAAGUUUCUUGACUUAUUUUUCUUGUAAUCUAUCUGGAAUUUUUCAAAGUACUUAUAAGAAAAUUUAAGAAAUGGACGUUUUUUUUUGUAGGAAAUCUUCAAUCAUACAUAUGAAUGUUUAUGUGUAAGAAGGACUUUGCCAACUUGAGAUCUUAUUGUAAUUAGUAAUUUGAUGGUCUGUAGUCAUACUCAUUAUUAGUCAUAUGGGAGGGGGGGGGGGGGGCUUUAUUUUUUCCCUUCUGGUAUUAAAAUGACAGCUGUUGACUCUAGUGUAAGACACAUAAACAAGACUAUUACCAUUUCAAGUAAAAUUAACACUAAUUGUCUGUUGUAUCAUACACAUGUAAAAGACUACAUAUUUUUACACACUGUGUGUGUAGUAAAUUGCAUAAUAACUGUCUGCUGUGUCUGACACGUUUAAGCGAAUACCAGAAUGUUUCUAUCAAUAAUUGUCUGUUAUAUAUCAGACAUAUUUCAAUAUUAUGAUUCCUAUGAUCUCAUUGGAGCAAACAAUUCUUGUCUAUAUGUUACUCUCUCCUUCUCUCUUCAUCUUGUUUCUCAAUUAUAAAAACCUAUUCUAUUUCAAAGAGAAAUUACUAUGUACAUGUAUAAAUUUCUUUGUUGAAUUGUUAUUUUUUUUUUGUGACAAUUUUACGUGAUAGAAUUGCAUUGCAUACAAAAUUUCAUGUGAUUUUUUUGUGAUAUAAUUUGGUUUAUCACUUGUUUAAAAAGACUGGAUACACAUGAUUUCAGCAUAUUUUAUCCCUUGUUCAAAAAGAUAAUUGUGACUUUCACUUGUGUUAAAUAAUUCAAAUAGAGCAUAUCUUAUUAUAUAAAACUGAACUGUAAAUCUGGUCCCAUCAUUUCCCAUGCUUUUUUCUUCUCUAAUUAAAAUGAGAAAUUAAAAUUUCUGACUCCCUACAUCAGUAUUUUAUUCUACAUUUUUAAAAGACAAAAAGGAUAAUUUCACUCUAUAUCAGUGUUAUAGUUUAAAAAAACAAAACAAGUUAAACAGAAAAAAAACAGGCCCUAAUCAGAACCGAUUUGGCAUUUUUAUAUUUUUUGUAUCGAUUUUUGUUUUAAAGUAGUGUGAAGAUGGAUUUUAUAUUGGACAUUAAAACUUCUAAAACCAAUAUGGAUGAACUGUUUAGAUCUUGAUAUGCUCAGCAUAUUUAGUACAAAGAGGAGUAACUCUAUUAUUUUGAAAUUCUUUGGAUUAAAUUUUUUUUUUACCACAAAAACUGACAGGGUCUGUUAACUGCUAUUCUUAAGAAAAAUAAGUACCAGUACUAUGAUGCUAUCAUUUUUAACCUAGACCCUUUCAAGGAUAAAUAUAUCUAAGAUUUUGUUAUGAAAUUUGCCAGAAUGCCAAUUCAGUUGUAUUUAAAACACAUUUCUGAACUAAACUUUCCAUAGCAAUAUUUACCUUAACUUUGUUUUUUUUAAUGUUCUGGUGUCUAUGAAAAAUACGCAAAUAACUUGAAUACAUAUUAAACUCUGUUGAUAAGAAAUCUAAUGGGCAUACUUUGCAGGACUUUAGCCACUGUAACAUUGUUAUUCAUACAUGUAAUAUAUUCUGCCUGAUAAGUACCCCACUCCAUAAUUUUUCGAUUCAAAAUGCUUCCCAUUUUUGAAACAAAUAAUAUUGCCAUAGUACGACACUAUUUGCCUUUAUUAUCCCAGUACUUAACAGUUAACUGUGAUUCCAGAGUGCAGAUUUUGUUCAGAAUAAAUGAACGUUAUAAAUGGUUGCCUGAUGUAUAAUUUUGUAAGAACUUAUCAGGCGGAAUGAUUUACAGGCAUACUCUAAGUAUGUCUGUUAUAUGUAUUUGUCUCCUUUGUAAGUACCUAAGGUGCUUUGUAUAAAGAUCUUCAUUUUUGUUUUGUUUUUUUUUUUGUUACACAUUACCAAAAUAGGUUUAUAUUUUUAAUUGAUUGUUGGUAGUUUUCAUGCACAAUAUUCUACACAUGCAAUGUUGCAGUGAAAUAAAGAUACAUUAAUUAACUACAUUAUUUUUUCACAGAAUAUCAUGAGUGAAGACCAGUUCAUUUUAAUAGGAAAAAAUGUUAUUUGACAGGAUUUUUGUGAGAAAUCUACACAUUUUUUUUCGUUUGGAAAAAAGAUCAUGUUAUAAUGAGUAGUUUUCAAAGAUUACUUGAAAUUUUUUAAAUAUCGAGUUGCAAACUGUAUGUACUAUCUUCUUCUCCAUUUUGAAGUACAAUUCGAAAGGUAUUACCGGUAUGUUUGUAAACAAUCCUUUAAAGUAAUUUAUAAUUUGACUCCUCCCAUUCAGCACUUUUCUUUUACUGUUAUCAAAUAAUGCAGUCACAUAGAUCUAGCAGAGCAAACAAUGCAAUGACAAUGUUUAUUCUCAUAUGUGUACUUUAUAUGUUAUUAUUAUGUGUUUUUGUGAUUUUUAAAAGGAAAAAAAUAUAUUUUUAUGUUAGUUUGUAUGAAAGAUAUAUAUAUAAAAUGAUGUUUAUUUACAUGUAAUGUUAAGUAAAAGAUAGAAUGAAGGUGUUGAUAAAUGUUUAAUUUAAUUUCCAAACAAAGUUGACCAUUGGUCAGUUAAAUAGUAGAGGUGUGCUGAAAUAGAUGUAAUUUGGUUUAUGUGUAUAGUCUUAUGUGUGAAUUCUCUCAUUACUUUCUGGUCGUAUGUUAUAUGUAUAGUGGGAUUUGAGUACAGAGUACAUGAAGAUAUGUCCUACAUCUUGACCUCUCCAAGUGCAAAUGUCAUUUAACCAGGGCAACUAUCAAAAUAGUAGCAACUGGCCUGUUUUCCAUAACUUUAGUAUAACUUGGAUUCAGUAGUAAAAUUGAUUAUUAAUAUACAUAAGGUUAUAAUACUUUGAUUUGAAUUCAUAAAACAAAAAUUGAAUAAAUUCUGUUGGAAAUUACACCUGUAUACCCAGAAUUAUUUGGAAAUCAAAAUUAGAUAUACACAUUGUAUAUAUAAUAAAAAUAUUUGAUACACAUCAGAGAAGUUUAAAAAAUAAAAUGUGUGUUAUAUAUGAUAUAAAAAGGACAAGUUUUGUUAAGUAUACAAAAGGGGAGUCCCUAAUUAUACAAAGGUUUAAUUUGUAAUUCUUUUGUUGCUAAUCACAUGGUAGAAAAAUUUGGGAACCAAAUUAUAGUAUGUUAACAUAAAGUGUACUAUCAAGUCUGCUAAAAUAUAUAUUCAAUAGACCUUGGUAACCUAUACAUUUCUUGGUUGACUGGACGUAUCACAGAGUACAACUCAGAUUGCCUAUCUAGUUAACUAGUCAUUGACAAUUUUGCCUUCAUCAUAACCUGCAUCAGGAAUUUGCAUGAAAUAUCUUCCACUGGACGUUAAGCAAGCGACUUUAAAUAAAACAGUCAAUUAACCUACACAUAUAGGUCAAAACUAUGUCCAGUUUUCAGUCGUGGGUUUUGGGCACUUUCACUCCCCUUAAGCUUGUUCCUUUAGUUGGAAUCUAAAUUAUCACUACUGUUUUGUCAAAAACCAAAUUAUUUAUUUAUAUGUGAGCAUUGUACACAAGAGAGUGUCUGUGUCUGGAUAUUUUGCAAUGGGUGUAGUAUGUAUUGUAUACUUGUAUUUCAUUUGACAUAUACUUUUGUUCCCUAAUUCAUGCUUUGCCCGUCUUUCAGCAUGAUAAUGAAAGAUUUAAUUUACAAAUAGUCAAUGCAAUUACUGAGUCUGCUUCUUAUUGUUCUCCACAAAAUGUUAAACAAGCAAGGUUUUAACUGUUGUAUAUUAAUUCAGUUUGCAUUUUGUUUAUGGUUUUCAAUGGAACUCAUUUCAAAAACACUUGAUUAAGAUGCAACUUAUAUUUAUUUCCUUUGAUGUAAUAUUAGUUGUUAGUGCUUCAGAUAUUUAUUUGAUAUAUUAACUUCAACUAAUUCAAGAAGAAGAAAAAAUAUGUCCUAAUGCAAAAAAUAAAGUAAAUUCAUUACUAAGAUUCAAAUGUUUGUGGCAUAUCAAAAAAAUACAAAUCUUCAAAAUUGAUUAAAAAAUAUAUUCAUUUGUUCAUGGUUUAAACAAGGUUGUAAAAAGGUUGGUUUGGAUUUAGUCAUUUUUUAUUUCAAUGAGUAUUUUACUUUUCUGAAUAAUUGGGCAUUCAUGAGACAACAACACAAAAUAAGGAAGCUACCAUUUGAUUUUUAUGGGGGGGGGGGGGGGGGCUAGGAUGUAAUUUGAAGAAAAAAAAGGUAGGACAGGAGUUUUGAGUAAAAAAAAAGGCAGGAUGAUAAUUUAUGUAAAAAAAAGUCAGGAUAAACUAAUAAAAAAAAAGACAGGACCAAAUAGAGUGAAAAAUAAAAAGGCAGGACAGAGAUUACAACUAAAAAAAAAGGCAGGACAAAAUUUUUCAUCCUAACCCCCCCAUAAAAAAAAUUAAAUGGUAGCUCCCUAAGCCAUAAAACCUACAAAGGUUUUUUUUUCAAUAAAACUAACUGAAUUGAUUUCUUUGAAUUUUGUUUUUCAAUUACAGAUCAUAUUUGCAAUGUAGAUUUUUUAGACAUCCAGCAACUUUAACCAAUAAUAGAAAUCUGUUCCAUGUUUUGACUAUAAAAAAUGAUUUGAAAAAAUAAGGAUAAACAUUGAAGUUUUUGUUAACAUAAGCAUUUUUAGCAAUCAUUAUAAUAUACUUUAUUCAGAAGACUCCUUUUGUUUUGAAAGUUAAUACACCUCCGUUGUCUAUAUUUAACAAAUGAUUGUAUGUCAGAGUAAUGCACCUACUUGGAAGAUUCUUCACAGUAGGAUUUUUUAACAUAACAAAAAAUUAGUAGCAGUCAGAGCUGUAUGAAAUGAAAUGAAAUGAUUUUUUUUCUUUACAAUAUGAAAAAAAAGAGAUUUAUGUUUGUGAAAAUGUGCAUGAAAACUGUCAACAUUUCAUUGUCAAUUGCAGUCUUGUAUGUUUGUUUUUAACAGUCUUAUCAACUGUUUAUGAAAAGUAUAAAAGAUAAUGCUUAUUCUCAUCUGUUUCACUUGUGUUGUAUUUGAGAAAAAGUGCUGAAUAUAAAAAAGCUAUACAUUAUAAA